ACCCCCACCCCUGACGGCCGAGUUCUAGGCCCGCAACCCUGCGGCGGCUACCCUCGUGCGGCGCGGCCCCUCAUCCCGGCGAGCGCGGCGGUGCUGUGGGCCAUGGAUUAAGGAGGAGGCGGCGUGGGAGGAGGAAGAUGGCGGCUGGCAAGAGCGGCGGCAGCGCAGGGGAGAUUACUUUUCUGGAAGCUUUGGCUAGAUCAGAAUCUAAGAGAGAUGGAGGUUUUAAAAAUAAUUGGAGCUUUGAUCAUGGAGACGAAAGUGAAGGAGACACAGAUAAAGACGAGGCAAAUCUACUCAGUGUAGAUGAAGAUGAGGAUUCUGAGACCUCAAAAGGAAAAAAGUUAAAUCGUCAGUCUGAAAUUGUUUCUACCAGUUCUGGUGAUCCCUGGAAGACAUGUGCAAGACGAAACAAGGCUGAAAAUUUAAAACCUUUGAAAGGCAACCCCAUUGGGCUUAACAUGUUGAGCAACAAUAAGAAAUUGAGUGAAAAUGCACAAAAUGCAUCAGUAUGUUCUGGAACUGUAGUUCAUGGUAGACGUUUUCAUCAUGCUAACGCACAGAUAUCACUAGUAAAAACAGCAGCCCAAAGCAGUCUGGACCAAAAGGAAAGGAAAGAAUACCCACCUCAUGUCCAAAAAUUUGAAAAUAAUUCUGUAAGGUUGAGUCGGCCUCAAGGUGUUGAUCGUGUAAUGAAGAAAACUGAGGAGUCUGAAUCACACCUGGAGUCUGAAAUUAAAAGGAAAGUACCGCAGAAACGUCACAGUAGUACCUAUCAGUCUCCACCUCCUCUGUCUCCUGCUUCAAAAAAAUGUUUAACUGAUUUAGAGGUUUCUAAACAGUGUGGAUAUUGUCCAAAAUGUGGAAAAGAAAAGGAAAAUCAGACCAAAUGCCAAAGUUGUGGUAUUCUUUUUCCUAAGGAUUUGCAAAGAAAUUGCAGACAAGCUAUAACUUUGAGUGAAUCUCCUGGACCAUUAUUAAGAACAUCAAUUCAUCAGAAUUCUGGAGGACAGAAGUCACAAAACACAGCAUUACCAUCCAAGAAGUUUUAUGGCAACAGUGUGGGAAAGAUUCCAGUUGAUAUUAUUGUGAAUUGUGAUGAUAGUAGAGAGAAUUAUUUACAGACUAAUGGGAAAGUCAUUUUACCUAGGGCAAAAGUAGCCAAAAUCACAAACCUGAAAGAAAGGAAAACAAGCCUGUCAGACCUAAAUGAUCCAAUAAUUUUGUCCAGUGAUGAUGAUGAUGAUGACAAUGACAGGACUAACAGAAGAGAAAGCAUAUCUCCUCAACCUGCUGAUUCAGCAUGUUCUUCCCCAGCACCAUCCACUGGAAAAGUAGAAGCAGCACUAAAUGAAAAUAUCUGUAGAGUAGAGCAUGAACUAAGAAGCAUUCCAGCAGAUUCAGAGUUAAAUACAGUUACAUUGCCAAGAAAAGCAAGAAUGAAAGACCAGUUUGGUAAUUCUAUUGUCAGCACACCUCUAAAACGUCGUAAAGUGACACCUCAAGAAACUUUAGUUGAUCCUGUAUCUUUAAGCUGCCAAAGUUCCUUUGACAGUGUCAUUUUAAACUGUCGAAGUAUACGAGUAGGAACACUCUUCCGGCUAUUAAUAGAGCCUGUAAUUUUUUGUUUAGAUUUUAUCAAGAUACAGCUAGAAGAACCAGAAAAUGAUCCUGUAGGGAUUACUUUAAAUACCUCUGAUCUAACUAAAUGUGAAUGGUGUAAUGUCCGAAAAUUACCAGUUGUGUUUCUUCAGACAAUACCAGCAGUUUAUCAAAAGCUGAGCAUGCAACUGCAAAUGAAUAUGGAGGAUAAAGUUUGGAAUGAUUCUAAAGGAAUAAAUAAAUUAACAAAUUUGGAAGAACAAUACAUAAUUUUAAUUUUUCAAAAUGGCCUAGAUCCUCAGGCAAAUAUGGUAUUUGAAAGUAUCAUUACUGACAUUGGUAUAAAGAACAAUGUGUCCAAUUUUUUUGCAAAAAUUCCCUUUGAAGAAGCCAAUAGCAGACUUGUUGCCUGUACAAGAACCUAUGAAGAGAGCAUCAAAGGAAGUUGUGUGCAAAAAGAAAACAAAAUUAAAAAUGUGUCCCUUGAAUCUAAAAUACAACUUAAAAACAAACAAGAAUUCCAGUUUUUUGAUGAUGAUGAAGAAACUGGAGAGAAUCAUACCAUCUUCAUGGGCCCUGUAGAAAAAUUGAUAGUAUAUCCACCACCUCCAGCUAAGGGAGGCAUCUCUGUUACUAAUGAGGACCUGCACUGUCUAAGUGAAGGAGAAUUUUUAAAUGACGUUAUUAUAGACUUUUAUUUGAAAUAUUUGGUGCUUGAAAAACUGAAGAAAGAAGAAGCUGACCGAAUUCAUAUAUUCAGUUCUUUUUUCUAUAAACGCCUUAAUCAGAGAGAAAGAAGAAAUCUUCAUGAGACAACUAAUUUAUCAAUACAGCAAAAGCGACAUGGAAGAGUAAAAACAUGGACUCGGCAUGUAGAUAUUUUUGAGAAGGAUUUUAUUUUUGUACCCCUUAAUGAAGCUGCACACUGGUUUUUGGCUGUGGUUUGCUUCCCUGGUUUGGAAAAACCAAAAUAUGAACCUAAUCCUCAUUAUCAUGAAAAUACAGUCACGCAAAAAUGUUCCAGUGUAGAGGACAGUUGUAUUUCUUCUCCUUCAGCCAGUGAAAUGGACAGUUGUUCGCAAAACUCUUCUGCCAAGCCUGUAAUUAAGAAGAUGCUGAACAGAAAACAUUGUGUAGCUGGAAUUGAUUCAAGUGCUGAACAGGAAGAAAGUGACCCUCAUUAUCGGAGAAACACGGGCAGUGUGAAAUGUAGUCUAAAAAAAGUAAAUCAGACGGCAAGUGAAAAUGAAGAAUCGAAUAAAGGAGAAUCUACAUGCCAGAAAGUUGUUGAUAGGACUAAAAGUGAAAAUGGCCUACAGAAUGAAUAUUUAAAUUCUAUGCAUCAUACAGAUGGCUUAAGCAAAAUUAGGCUAAACUAUAGUGAUGAAUCAACUGAAGGUAGCAAAAUGCUUGAAGAUGAACUCAUCGACUUCUCAGAAGAUCAGGAUAACCAGGAUGAUAGCAGUGAUGAUGGAUUCCUUGCCGACGACAACUGCAAUUCAGAAAUAGGACAGUGGCAUUUAAAGCCUACUAUCUGUAAACAACCUUGUAUCCUACUGAUGGAUUCACUUAGAGGCCCUUCUCGAUCAAAUGUUGUAAAAAUUCUAAGAGAGUAUUUAGAAGUGGAAUGGGAAGUUAAAAAAGGAAGCAAAAGAAGUUUUUCCAAAGAUGUUAUGAAAGGCUCUAAUCCAAAAGUACCCCAGCAAAACAACUUCAGUGAUUGUGGUGUAUAUGUAUUACAGUAUGUAGAGAGCUUUUUUGAGAAUCCAAUUCUCAAUUUUGAACUACCUAUGAAUUUGGCAAACUGGUUUCCUCCCCCAAGAAUGAGAACAAAGAGAGAAGAAAUCCGAAAUAUAAUUCUGAAGCUUCAGGAAGAUCAGAGCAAAGAGAAAAAAAAGCAUAAGGACGCUCAUUCAACAGAAACAUCUUUAGGUGAAGGAACAGAACAAUGUGUCAAUAGCGUCUCAGAUUGACCCAUUUCUGAUGCUUGUCAGUAUUGCCUUCAGAAACUGAGUGACUUUCAACUUUGGGUAUAGACAGUAAAGAACUGAAGUGCUCACUACUCAGAGUGAUCUGGAAAUGUUAAUGCUUGUAUAAAUGUCAUAUAAUUAAUUUCCAAUGGAGUAUGUAUUAAGUAAAAGUUUGUAAAUAUGUUAA